GCUCCUUCGACCAGUAACAGAGCCGUCAUCCCAACCCUCCGACCCCAAGAGGCAUCAGCUGGUCAACUCGCACAUGUCUUUUUAAAAGGGAGAAAGAGAGGGUGGUGGGCGCACGAACUGGACCUUGUUCCUAAUAGUUUGGCUUUAGUUAGGAACAAAGUAAAAAAUCGUAGAUAUUUUAAGCCUUUCAAGCGAAGCAUAGCAGUGACAUGAAGUGGGGUUGGCUGCUUUGGGGGAUUCUGCUGACUUUUGCGUAUCUGUGCUGGAGCGAGAAGGGCUUGGAGUUCCCUGAAUAUGACGGCAAGGACCGCGUCCAUCAGCUGACCAUCAAGAACUACAGGUCUGUGAUGAAGAAAUAUGACGUCAUGGUCAUCUACUACCACAAGGCUGUCGGCGAGGACCGCAUGUCCAGAAAGCAGUUUGAAGUGGAGGAACUCGCUCUGGAGUUGCUAACCAGCCCGGCAGCCCUGACGUACCAGCUCGCCGCCCAGGUGCUUGACGGUCUUGACGACGAGGACAUCGGAUUCGCUCUGGUGGAUUCAAAGAAAGACCGAGCUGUUGCUAAGAAGCUGGGUCUGCUGGAGGUGGACAGCAUCUACAUCUUUGCCGAUGACGAGAUCAUCGAGUACGAUGGAGAGCUGGCGGCCGACACGCUGCUGGAGUUCCUCUAUGAUGUGAUCGAGGAGCCCGUGGAGAUCAUCAGCAACGACCGAGAGCUCAAGGGCUUCCACAACAUCGAUGAGGACAUUAAACUGAUGGGCUACUUCAAGAGCGCCAGAUCUUCACACUUCAUUGAGUACGACGACGCAGCUGAAGAAUUUCAUCCCUUCAUCAAGUUCUUUGCCACGUUUGAGCCAAAGAUCGCUCAGAAAUUAAGUCUGAAGAUGAAUGAAGUGGAUUUCUAUGAGCCCUUCAUGAACAAACCUGUCACUAUCCCCGGCAAACCCUACAUGGAGGACGACAUCGUCAGCUUCAUCCAGGAGCACGACAGUUCUGUUUUUUCUUAUUUUAGGCCGACUCUCAGAAAGCUGGAGCCUCACAGCAUGUAUGAGAUCUGGGAAGAUGAUAUUAAUGGACAGCACAUUGUGGCGUUUGCUGAGGAGUCAGACCCUGACGGUUAUGAAUUCCUAGAGAUCCUGAAGGAAGUGGCUCAAGAAAACACAGAGAACCCAGAAUUAAGCAUCAUCUGGAUCGAUCCUGACGACUUUCCCCUGAUGGUGCCGUACUGGGAGAAGACCUUCGGCAUCGACCUCUCGUCUCCUCAGAUCGGUGUGGUGGACGUUGAGGACGCUGACAGCGUGUGGAUGGAGAUGGAUGAUGAAGAGAACAUGCCCACCGCCGACGAGCUCGACACCUGGAUCGAAGACGUCAUGUCUGGAAGAAUCAACCCUGGUGACUACAACCAUGAUGAUGAUGAUGAUGAAGAGGAAGACGACGACGAUGAUGAUGAUGAUGAUGAUGACGACGAUGACGAGGAUGAUGAUGAUGAUGAUGACGAGGAUGAUGAUGAUGACGACGACGACGACGACGAUGAUGAUGAUGAUGAUGAUGAAGAUGAAGAUGAUGAGGAUGCUUGAGAACUCGUCGGUCUGCCUGUGUUCACAUCAUCCUGUCUUCUGCGUCCGGAGGACGUCUCGUCUCAUUGUUUAACGUUGUCUUCGCUGCUCCUGUUUCUCCAGCAAUGAAACGUAUCUAGAGCAAAGCCUUGUAAUAUCAGCAAUUUUAAUAUUUUUUAUUGACUGUUAGAGCACAAUAAAGGAUGCUCACUGGAAGGUCUUAAAUAAAAGCUAAAAGUAAAAAAUAAA